AUGGCGACAUUGAUCAUGAGUCGUUGUCAACUACUCUUCUCCUCUCUCUUGGCUUCUAUAGUUGUCAGAUCAGACCUCAAUCAUCUUCGGCAAGAUGAAGUGUCCUCUACAGUCCGAUUGAACCUUCAGGGUAAAGUGGUGAAACACCUUUGUGUGCUUACAAGUUUCGGGUGGGUGAACGAGCAGCCCUAUUACGAGAUACUCAAUAAUUGGGGAGAAGUUACAUUGAAAUCGGAUACAGUUAAGAUGUGCUCGGCAAUGUUGGACCGAAUCCAUGACUGCAAACCUUCCCCAAUUAUUGAGUAUCUC